CAACAAAUGUACAGUACACAAGUACAUAACCUUUUUCUCGUGCAUAAUUCAGCAGUACAAUCUGAUGACCUGCAGCUUUCAGUGUAUGCGUCUGUAUCCCAGCAGGAUGGGUACGUUUGUGACCCUGGCAGAGGUGUUGGAGGCCCGGGGUUCACCACUGGAUGAGGAUGAGGUCUGGUGUCUGCUACUCGCCACUACUGAGGCCUUACUGGACAUUUCUACAAAAGGUUCAGGUAACAUGUGCAGUGUGCUGAGCCCAGGCUCAGUGCUACUCUCAGCCAAUGGUGGUCUGGCCUUCAAAAGCUGUGCCCGAUAUGAAGACGUGGCCUCCUUCACAGCACCUGAGGUCCAACAGGGUCAUGCUGCCUCUACCAGGACUGCAGUUGAGAAGAUGGUUGUAUACUCACUGGGGAUGACUCUUUACUGGUGUGUUGAUUAUCAUAUACCUCAAAAUCAGCCGGUCCAGCUCAGUGCAGAGCUGGAGGGUUUGCUGCUGAGCAUGUGCGAGGAAUUGGUGGUUAGGCGAACCAACCUGUUGACAGUGCUCGGGGCAUGUGAGCUUCACCACAAGACCUCGAUGCUGCCUCCUGCUGAACGGCUCAUCAGGCAGCUGGUGGAAGAAGUCUACAGAAACUCAGUUGAUCAUGUGUCCAUAGCUGAAAAUGGGUCCCAACUAACAGACCGCAGUCAAAUGGUCAGGGACAGAUUGCACAGAGGUUCCUUUAGUAACUCAACAUGGGCGAUGAAGAAGAAGAUUUCUAGAACGUUCUCUGGAACAUCUUAUCCAUGCGAGCCCACAGGGAUCCCCUUGGGAGGUCGACGCAGGGAGAGUUACAGCAGCUGGCAGCAGCUGAACCGCAGUCCCUGCAGUCCGUACAUGGAUGGCAAUCGAAAUGCCAGCUCACAUGAGUCCACAAUAAGUCUAAAUGACAAGAAAGUCAAGGAGAUGGGUCCUGAGUUUAUAAGGAUGGUAGAUGAGCCAGCGAUUGUCCUGGAGCUGCCUGGAUCCAUCGUGUCAAAGAAAGGGAAAUCUCCAACCAUGCAGAGAGAGCUGAGUGUGGUGAUGCCAAACGGUCAGAACAUCCUGGUCAAGUGUGAGGUGAAAUCCAGAGGAGGAGACGUCUUUGACAUGAUUGUGGCUCACUCUAACCUGAUGGAGCAUUUCUACUUUGGCCUUGCUUAUAUAGAUGAUAAUGAGUUUUUCUUUGUGGACAACGAUACCAAGAUUUCCAAAGUUGCUCCAGAUAGCUGGAAGAAAGUGCCUACAACCACCUUUGUCCUUUUCUUCAGGGUCAAGUUCUUUGUCAAUGACAUUUCUCUUCUUUUGCACAAACAGACCCGCCACCAGUAUUACCUACAGCUCAGGAAAGACAUUUUGGAGGACAGGCUGUCUUGCCAUGAGGAGACGGCUCUGUACCUGGGAGCUCUGGCCCUGCAGACGGAGUGUGGAGACUGCUUACCUGAGGUGUAUGGUAGGAACUACUACCGCCCUGACCAGUAUGUCUCCAAGAGCGUGAUGGAGAAACGUGCCUUGCCUUACAUUCAGGGGGAGCUGCUACGACUUCACACCAGCAACGCUCAGAUGCUCACUGACGAAUCAGAGCUUGAGUUCCUCAAGGUGUGUCAGCAGCUGCCUGAAUACGGCGUGUUGUUCCACCGUGUGAUGCGUGAGAAAAAGCCUUUAGAAGGAGAAAUCAUCCUCGGAGUUUGUGCCAAAGGAGUCAUCGUCUAUGAGAUUAAAGGUGGUUGCCGAACCACCAGUCAGAAUUUCUACUGGAGGGAGACGGCGACGAUCUCCUCUAAUAGGCGAAAAUUUGUAGUGGAGGGUCGGUCCAGCAAGAAGAAGUACACCUUCAUCACAGAGAGAUCCAAGAUAGCCAAAUAUCUGUGUAACCUCUGUUCAGCCCAACACAAGUUCAACAAUGAAAUGAACUCUCGCCAGCUCUCCCACAGCCUGCUCUCAGGGGAGAAUAUCGUGCAGUAUUCUGCAGUGUGUCGCGCUCAAAGCAGUCGGGCCAAGUCCUUCUCCUCUUCACAGAUGCCACAGAAUGACAGCAGUCUGACCACACCUCAGGAUGAGUCCCUGACCAAGCUGUGCGAUGAUGUCACAGCCAGGAUCGAGGCCCGUAUUAAACAGCAGCGCCAGAACCUCAAUGAGCAGAGUACCGGCUCCAGCAGUCAGCGCAGCAGCACUGGUAUGCGUUCCCCAGCCUGCUCUCAAAGGAGCGGAUCUGAAGCGCCUUCUGGAUCACCGGCAGCCAGAGAAACUCCACCGAAACUGGGGUCAGCGGCAGAGAGAGAAGUUUUAUGUGUUACUCUAAAGAAGGACCCGAAGCUUGGCCUGGGUAUAGUGAUAGUGGGAGAGGACACUGUGGGGCAUUAUGACUUGGGCAUCUUUGUUGCUUCUGUUGUGCCUGGUGGACCCGCUGAUAAGGACGGGCGCAUCCGACCAGGUGGUCGUCUGAUCUCUCUGAACCACAUCAGCCUGGAGGGCGUCACCUUCAGUGAGGCAGCGGAGGUCAUGCAGAGCAGCCCCGAGGAGGUGCAGCUCAUUAUCUCACAGCCAAAAGUCCCAGUCAGUCCCAACAGCGUGCACUCUCACAUGUUAAGAAAUUACGAGUCCCAGGCCACACUGAUGACAGACGGACGAUCAGCAGACGAUAGCUUGGAUGAUAGUGUGUCGCUCACGAUGACACCGAAGACCGGCAACAGGCUUCACGUUCCUCGAGAAGUACGAGUCCUCAGUGCACAGGACAGCUGCUCUCCAUCUCCACCUCUGAACUGUGUGAGGCCGGAGGAGAUCACUGUGGAGCUCAGAAAGAUAUCAGGAAGUCUGGGCAUCAGCAUCUCUAGCGGCGUCAACACAAACCUUCCUAAUGGAGGAAUCUACAUAAGAAGCCUUGUUCCAGGAGGGGCUGCUGAAAGAGAUGGACACAUACAUGCAGGUGACAGAUUGUUGGAAGUGGAUGGGGUUAGCUUCAAGGGCUUCACCUACCAUCAGGCAGUGGGCUGUCUGAGUAAAACUGGGGAGGUGGUAACCUUGGUCGUGGAGAGGGAGUCGAUAAACCGAUGCAGGGUUUCUCUUAAUGCAGACACAAGCAGCAGUGUAUCAAAUCAGAGCCUCAGUCCAGCUACCAGUCCGCUGAAGAGCAACAGCUGCUCGUCCAGCAGUACUCCUUCAAACACUGACCGGACCAGACACUACAGCUUCGUCACUAACGACAACACCCAGGAAGUGACUCUGACUAAAAGUGCCAACGGCCUUGGCUUCAGCUUCCUAAUGUGUGAGCUGGAUCCGCCCACUCGGGACUUUGGCAGCCUGGUCCGGAUAAAGCAGCUUUUCCCCGGCCAGCCAGCUCAGCAGAGUGGCAGAAUCCGGGAGGGAGACGUCUUGUUAGCCAUCAAUGGCCAGUCAGUCAAGGAGCUGUCCUAUCCAAAGGUGAUAAAACUGUUCAAGAAUUCACCGCCUGAGGUUCGUCUGGCACUCUGUCGGCCUGCACCAGGGAUCCUUCCUACCAUUGAUCAGUUUAUUGGCACAUGAGCGAUGUCACAGUGUUAAACAGCACCAGCAUCAAUGGAUGUUCGGAAGAGACACUUCCUGUGUUUCCUGAUCAAUCAGUCAGGGCACCUUGAUGGAGACCGAGGACAGACUGAACGAUAACGGUGUUCUGAUCAGUGCAUUAAGCUGAUCUCAUCGAUGGUCUCCGACGCUGCGGAAAGGAUUAAUGACGAAACAGUGACAGACAGCAAGAAUAGCUGGGUUGGAGGCUGAACAUGGAUGGAGUUGUGAAAGCAGUAAUUCAAUGAAAAAUGUCAAAGAGCCUCUACUUUGAUCCGUGGUGGUUCCAUCAGUGAUUUCAUGUAACCCACUUGUUCAUCUCUUGGCCACAAGGUGGCAGCAUAUCGCUGCAAGUCCCAACACUUGCAAACAGCAAUCAUCAGUGUUCGACUCAACUUUAAUUAUAAAAGCACUUAACCCAGCUGAUCCAAAGAGCUUUACAGGAGACACAGAGGACAACAAGAACACAAGAAGGAGGCAAACACAAGAGAAAAAAGGAAAUCCAAAAGAGACAUUUUCUUGGCACCAGAAGAAGAAGACAACUGAAACAAGAAACAUUGGUGUGGAUUUCGUCGAGGACAGACAAACUCCAUACAUGUGUUUGCAUCUUGAAAUGACAAGGCAAACUGU